CCACGUGUUUCCUAUUAGCCCGGAAACACAUACACAUCAUUACAAUCAUGGCGGCUCAGAUGAUCGAACAUGUGCUGGCCCAGGCAGAGAAGGAUGAGGCGGAGAAGCUCAGACUUAUCACCGUAGAGAAGGAGCUGGAGCUGAAUUUCGAUCUGGGUAACCUGCUAGCCGCAGACCCGAACCCGGCGGACUCUAAGGCCUUCAGACAGCAGAGCCGGGAGGACUUCCUGCGCUCCCUGGCCCGGGACAACACUCAGCUUCUCAUCAAUCAGCUAUGGACUCUGCCGACCCAGCGGGUAGAGGAGGCGGUGGUGGCCACUCUGCCGGAGCCCAGCACCAGGCUACCCCGGGAGAAGCCGAUCCCGAAGCCCCGGGCGCCCACACGCUGGGAGGAAUUCGCCAAGUUAAAGGGAAUCCAGAAGAAGAAGAAGACUAACCUGGCAUGGGACAAGAAUAGCAAGGAGUGGCGGCGGCGCUGGGGCUACAAACGGGCCAAUGAUGAGACCAAGGACUGGCUGAUCGAGGUCCCGGUCACCGCUGACCCCAACCAGGAUCAGUUCUCUAAGAGGAUGAAGGCCAAGAAGGAGCGUGUGGCCAAGAACGAGCUGAACCGCCUCAGGAACCUGGCCAGAGCCGACAAGGGCAAAGUCCCGGGAGUAGGACUCACCCCUACCGGACAGCCUAACCGGGAUGAGCUGGGCAAAGCCAUGCAUGUGGCCAAGAGAUCUACAGCCUCUAUGGGCAGGUUCCAGGACAAGCUACCCAAGGAGAAGGAACCCAAGAACAUGGGCAAGAAGAGGAAGUUCCAGCCCCUGGUGGGGGACAUGGGGGCAGAGAGGAACAAGCAGCUGGAGAUCCUGAAGGUCCUGGGCAGUAAGAAACCCAUGAUGGAUGUCAACAAGGCGGUCAACCGCCAGAUGAGGGAGGAAGAUGCAGCCGAGUCCGCCAAGAAGUGGAAGACCUCCAAAAAGGGGGGCCGGAAACAGGGUGGCGGCAAGAAGGGCAAGGGUCAGGGGGCCAAAGGACCACCCAGAGGGGGCAAGGGUCAGGGGGGCAAAGGACCAGCCAGAGGGGGUAAGGGGGGCAAAGGACCAGCCAGAGGGGGCAAAAGUCAGGGGGGUAAAGGGUUUGGGGGUAAAAGGAAAAAAUAAGCCCACGGACCUCACCUGAUGGCGUGGCCCAUCACCGACACUUUAUUGACUCAUGAUGAUCUCCGUUGGAACGUUUUCAUGUGAAUAUUAUGUGAUGAGGGCUGUUGGCUGAUAUGUUAUUAGGAAGAAUAUUUUUCUAUUGAGCUUUUACCUGUUUCUCGGGUAUGUGAAUAAAUAAGCAAAGUGAAAACAAGCUGAAUAUUUAAGUGAUGCCUACCAACGUUUAUUAAAACCGUAGAUUGCA